CGGUGAGCCUCCAGAGCCCCUUCCAAUUCCAGCUCGGGCCAUGCCGUUCCAGGCUGUUUUGUUGGUGGAGCGGGUUCUCUUCGUUUCGUGAAGGAUUCCAGCGAACGGCUCAGCGAAGCAGAAUCCGAGCUUCAUGUUUGGACUUAAUCAUCACGAGACGAGAGCGAGCCUAAGACAAUGCCCAGAAUCUUCUGCGUCGGUCCUGGUUGCAUUGUUCCUUUUUGAUAUAUUGUUUCCUGCCAACUGCCUCCAUCUGCUCUAGGAACCCAACGCCGUAGAGUCAACUUCCAGAAAGGGUAGCCAGCGGCCCCCAAAACAGAGGAGCUGUACAGAGUAGCUGCGGAUGGUACUUGACGCUUUUUUAGUGCCAACCUGUCCUCAACCCACGCAUCGACCCCUGCUUGGAGAUUCUCGUACUUGGCGAGUUUCCAACCAUCUCGUGCCCACGCAAUUUUUUGGUUCCCGACGGUGUCUGCAACUUGUUCUUUUUUUUCCCUUCAUUCUGCCCGCAUUGCAGGACCUUGCCUUCUUUUCUUUAUUUCUUGUUUACAGUUCGCCGAUCCCGGGGGCAAUACGACCGGCUUCGUCAACGCACUUGAUACCUACUCCCUCUCCCAAAGAUAGCCGCCGUACCACCUCGGAUUCAGCCACAAUGCGUGUGUCGCAAGCUCCCCUGAGCUCGACGCUCGCCUUCUUGCUCGGCGCGAGCUUGACACAAGCCCAGUACCUGAUCAAUGAGCUCAGUUUUGGAUACUCGGGCAGCAUAUCGCCCAACAACGACGGCCAUAUCCCCAACUUUGUUCUCCAGGGCCAACCGAACCAGCCCGAGGUUCUUUCCAACAAGAUCAUUCUCACGCCGGUCGCGCCCGGGAACCAGCGCGGUUCCAUCUGGAGCACCCAGAAGGUGAUGCACAGCAACUUCAUCGCCGACAUCGACUUCCGUGCCAACGGCCCCGAGCGCGCAGGCGGGAACCUCAACAUCUGGCUCACCAAUGGCGGCUCCAUCGACGUUGGUAUGAGCUCCGCCUACACGGCGCCCCGCUUCGACGGCCUCGUCCUCGUCAUCGACGGCCACGGCGGCACCGGCGGCAUGGUGCGCGGCUUCUUGAACGACCACUCGACCGACUACAAGGCCCAGAGCGACAUCAGCGCCCUCGCCUUCGGCCACUGUCAAUACCACUACCGCAACCUCGGCCGCCCCAGCCAAAUCAAGCUGCGCCAGACCGACCGCGCCUUCAAGGUCGAGAUCGACGGCCGCCUGUGCUUCGAGACCGACAAGGUCAAGAUUCCUCCCGGCUACACCUUUGGUAUCACCGCCGCGAGCGCCGACAACCCCGACUCGUUCGAGAUCUUCAAGAUGGUUGUCAUGUCCGACAACCUGCACUCUAGCGACAACGGCCAGCAGCAGGCACACGAGCAAAAGGCCAACCAGGGCGAGCCGGGCAGCAAGAACCCGCGCAGCGGCAACCCCGACCCGAUUGGCCUCGAGGAACUCCCCGACGCCAGCCCCGACUCCAUCACGUCGUCGCGAGCGCAGUUUGCCGACCUGCACAACCGCCUGCAGUCCAUCAACCACCAGAUCGGCACCGUCUUCCGCGCCCUCACUCAAUACAGCCAGCACGGCGAACACCGCCACGAAGAGACGUCGCAGAUUCUCGACUCGCUGCGCCAGGAGCUGCGCAAGCUUGAGAAGAUGAAUGACCUCGAAGGUCGCAUCAAUGGGCUCGAGCGCGAGGUCCGCGGCAUGCGUACCGACCUGAACCUGCAGAUGAAGAACACGGAGCACUCCCUCCAGAAAUACAUGAGCGACCAUCAUGACGCGCUGGCGUCCCACAUCGUCAACACUACCCCCGGGCACGGCAAGCUCAUCGCCGUCAUUGUUGGGUCCCAGGUCGUCCUCGCUGUCGGGUACCUGCUGUACAAGAGGAGAAAGAACUCGAUGCCCAAGAAGUACUUGUAGAGGGCGCCGAUAACAAGGGAUUCCCAUAGAGUAGGGCGGCGCGUGGGGAGGCUGUCUUGUAUAAAGUGUGCGCGUCGUGUUACCUAGGCUCAAGGAGCCACGAUGUUUGGGCUGCGCCAGGGGGGGGGGGGGGGAUGUCA